AUGUUUGGCAAGCAGGCGUACGAAUUGCUGCAAGAGGUGGCGCAGUGCCCCGCAGACAACCUGCCGGCGUUUAAUGAGGAGGGUUUCCGUAGCAUAGUAGACGAAGUGCACCUGCAGCACGAGCGUCUAACUAGCGUGUACAACGAGUCGCGGGAUCGGCAGCGGCAGCGGCAGCUGGAGGCAGGACUCGAUCCGGAACAGGGGCCCGCUGGCUGGCGAGGCACGGAGGCGGAGGCCUCUGAGCUCAUGGUGUACCACAGCGGCAUUCUACGCAACAAGCGGCUAAUGUUCACCUACGUCAAGGAGCGCGUGGACCGCAUCCAGGAGCUGCGCUGGACGCACCGCACGCUGCCGGAGCACGUGAAGGCCAACUUGAGCCCGCUGGAGCUGCAGUACUUCCGGUCAUACGACAAGCUGCUCAACAAGUACUGCCGCACCGGUGGUGGCGGCGUGGGGCUGGACCUGACCGCCGACCCGACCCCGCCUGAGGACCCAUAUGUCCAGGUGCGCGUGCUGCGCGACUACAGUGAUGUGGUUUUCAGCAGCGGCAAAGUCAGCUUGCAGCGCGGCAAGAGCCACUGGCUGCCCAGGGACGAGGUGCACCCGCUCAUCAUGGAUGGCGUGUUGGAGCUUGUUGAGUACAGCCGCAGGAAGUUUGGCAUCCACAACCCACCCUACCUUCGCGUGUUCUUCGAGUUCAGCGACGAGCCAGCCUCGCAGCCACUGCCGACUGGAGACGCCAACGGCAGCGGCGGCGUUGACCUACAGCAGGUAGCCUUCCUGCAGGGCCAGCUGCGUGACAAGGACCGCCGCAUCCAGACGCUCAGCACGCAGCUGGCAGAGGUGCAAGAUCAGUCGGAGCAGCUGGAGCAACAGCUGACGCUGGCGCGUGCGGGGGUACGGGAGAAGGAGAUGCGGCUGCAGGAGAAGAUUCAAGAGCUGGCCCGUGAGCACAAGCAGGUCAAGGGAUUAGCCAACCAGGUGGCCAACUUGACUGCACAGCUCAAGGGCGAGGCUGCGCGUGCCUCACUGCUGGCGCUAGCGUCGGACCACACCCUGGCAGGUGGGGCAUUGGCGGCCGAGGUGGAGAAGCUGGUGCAGCUAGGACUCAAAGCACCGAAUGACUUUUGGGAGAAGCUAGUGAGUGAGCGCUCUCAGGUCAUCAUCACUAACAGCAACAAGCAUGCACGUGAGAAGGCGGCACUGGAGCGGCGGCAGCAGCAGCUACAGGUGGAGUUGGCCAAGCUUCAAGAGCAUGUGGCGACUCUGAAGCGACGCCUCGUGGCAGCUCGGGAGCAGCAGCCAGGUGGAGUGGCGGCGGUCGAGGCCGAGCUUUGCCGGGAGUCGCGGCCACGCGGCAGUGCUGCCGGACCUGCCGGCGCCAGCCGGCAUGCCAGCCGGCGCUUUGGUGCCACCGCCGCCAGCUUGGCAGGGUCCACAGCGGCAGCAGCAGCAGUGCAUGAGGAGGACCCACUGGUCCACAGCUACGACUUGCUCAAUAUGCGGCAGGUAGAUAUAGCUGCUGCCACCGCAAGCCGGCGGCGCCCCUUGCAGCAGCACCAGCAGGAGCAGCUUCAAGAAGCACCUGCGCAACGACCAUCAUCUGUUCGGCCUGUGCGCAGCUCAGCGGUGGCACCAACAGCGGAUGGCGGUGGCGCAGAGGACGAAGAUGAGCUGUUGGUGCUCGAUGGGUCAGAGGAGCAGAUGGAGGCGGAGGCGGGCGGCUGCUACAGCGAGAUUGAGUCUGAUGUGGAGGAAGAGCAACGGCAGCAGCAGGCAGUGGCAACAGCACCGGCUUUGCAGCAGCGGCGGCAGCAGCAGCAUUCACUGGCCGCGGCAGGCACCGUGUUGGGCAAGCGGCAGGCAGAUGCUGCUGUGCUGCAGGUUCGGCCCCGGAUGCUGGCCCCCGGCAGCAGCUCCGCCCUCGGCAGCCAGGCCGGCACGCCUGAUGAGAACUACAGCAGUGGUGGCAGCCAUGCAGCCAGCGUGGGCAUCGACCGCGGCAAGUACAUCAGCAGUGGGCCGGAUGGCAAAGGUGGCGUGGCCACUGCCUACCAGGGCGGCCCCGGCGGCGCGCCCAUGCGGCUGUCCCAGCAGCAGAUCGAUGUGCGGGCCCUGCAGCAGGCUGGCAGCAGCAAGAAGGCACGCUCCGGCGUCGGCGGCACCGGCAACAGCGACUCGGCACUGCGCCGCAACAGUGCAAUGCCAAUCACCAGCUUCUUUAGCAAGGCGCAGCAUUGAGGGGGGGUGUCACCUGUAAGAAGAAAAAAGUA